UGACUUUCAUAAGAUUCUUUCUGCUUACAUGUGCUUACAAAAAUAAUAAUAUAAUGUUACAAAUUGAAAUAUUGGAGAUUAAUGAUUGAUGAGAUAUUAGUUAUGUUAUCAGAUUGUUAAUGGACAUUAGUGGGUGUUUGGUUGUGACUGGAAACCAGUCUAUGUGACCCCUCAGUACCUCAGUACUGCAGUGACCUUCCAGCCCUCACAGCUCCCUCAGAUCAUGUGACAUGUGUUUUUUUGUGUGUUUGCAGGCUGUCAAGCUGUAUGAUCACAGAGGAAGGCUGUGCUUCUCUACCCUCAGCUCUGAGCUCCACCCCCUCCCAUCUGAGAGAGCUGGACCUGAGUAACAACGACCUGCGGGAUUCAGGAGUGAAGCUGCUGUCUGAGGGACUGAAGAAUCCACACUGUGACCUGGAGACCCUGAAGCUGUCAGGUUGUCUGAUCACAGAGGAAGGAUGUGCUUCUCUGGCCUCAGCUCUGAGCUCCAACCCGUCCCAUCUGAGAGAGCUGGACUUGAGCUACAACCAUCCAGGAGACUCAGGAGUGAAGCUGCUGUCUGCUGGAUUUAAGGAUCCACAGUGGAGACUGGAGACUCUCAGGGUGGAGCCUGCUGGAGUCCGAUGGAUGACACCAGGUCUGAGGAAGUAUUCCUGUGAACUCACAAUCGACACAAACACAGUAAACAGACGAUUCAAACUGUCUGACAACAACAGGAAGGUGACACGCGUGGAGGAGAAGGAUAAGUCAUAUCCUCGUCAUCCAGACAGAUUCGACUUCUAUCAUCAGCUGCUGUGUAGAACUGGUCUGACUGGUCGCUGUUACUGGGAGGUCGAGUGGAGCGGAAGAGUUGAUGUAUCAGUGAGUUACAGAGGAAUCAGGAGGAAAGGACGCAGUAGAGACUGUGUGUUUGGAAACAAUGAUCAGUCCUGGAGUCUGAUGUGCUCUGAUGAAGGUUACUCUGUCCGUCACAACGAGACAGUAACACGCAUCACCUCCUCCUCCUCCUCCUCCUCUGGUAGAGUAGCAGUGUAUGUGGACUGUCCUGCUGGAUCUCUGUCCUUCUACAGAGUCUCCUCUGACUCACUGAUCCACCUCCACACCUUCAGCACCACAUUCACUGAACCUCUUCAUCCUGGGUUCUGGUUUGGGUCCAGGUCUGUUUCCUCAGCGUCUCUGUGUUCUCUUCAGGACGGAGAGUCUCCUCCUGGUGGAGAACCUUCCUCUCUGCUCACCACAUAGUUCAGUGUGUACAGCUGAUGGUGGUUCAUGUGGAUGACUUUAGGUUAAAAGGAAUCUAAUUGUAUGUUUCUAAUGUUAAUAAAUUACUUUUAUUGGAAUUAACUGUACAUUUUUAAACAUGUCUCAUAUAAACAUGCUUUCAACAUGCUGUAUUAUUUCUUUUUGACAUGAAAUACUUUGA